AAAUGAUCCCUUAUUCACCUCAAUCCAAACAAGCCCUUUUAAGUACUGCCAAAAAAAUCCCUCGUCAAAAUAGAAUUUGGGGCUACGGAGAGAAAUAACGUUUCUUAAUUUGAGUAAUUUCCUCAUUUUGAGGGAGGAGAGGGAGAGAGAAGGGAGAUGCGGGUUGUCGGGUUAACGGGCGGAAUCGCCUCCGGCAAGAGCACGGUGUCGGAUCUCUUCAAAUCCAGCGGCGUCCCCGUCGUCGACGCCGACCUCGUCGCUCGGGAUGUAGUGAGAAAAGGUACAGGUGGAUGGAAAAAGGUUGUAAAGGCAUUUGGAAAUGAUGUUUUACUAGAAAAUGGGGAGAUUGAUAGAGCGCGCCUUGGGCAAAUUGUUUUUUCUAAUCCAGCCAAACGUCAACUUCUAAACCGGUUAUUAGCUCCAUACAUAUCCUCUGGCAUAUUCUGGAGAAUAGUAAAGCUAUGGCUCAAAGGCUAUGAGAUUAUAGUUCUUGACAUCCCACUGUUGUUCGAGACUAAGCUAGACCGAUGGACAAAGCCUAUAAUCGUUGUUUGGGUUGAUCAUGAAACACAACUUCAACGUCUCAUGGCACGAGAUUGCAUUUCUGAAGAACAAGCUAGAAAUCGUAUAAAUUCUCAGGCUUCAAUGGAUAUGAAGAAGAAUAAGGCUGAUAUAGUUAUUGAUAACUCUGGUUCAAGAGAGGACACUAGAGCACAGUUUGAAGAUGUUCUGAAUAAAGUUACUCAACCUUUAACAUGGAAGGAAGUUAGUCGUACUAGAAAAGGUGUGACUUGGAUUCUUGUCUCUGGGGUCAUAGGUGCUAUUAUGAUACAUAAACAUGUACUCUGAUGAUGGGUGGGGUCUCGGUGAAUGCAAAUUUUCUUUAUCGUGCAAUAAGGAGAGGCGUAUUGUAUAACUUCUUGGUUAAUUUAGAGAUUUUGCAGUCUGUGUCGUAACUUAUAUAUUGGUUAUUUUCCAAGAUUGUUCAAUAUAAAUCAUUUUAUGAACAUAUGGUGUUGUGAUAUA